AUGGAGCUAGCUGCUGUCUCUGCUCUGUCUCUACAGCUCUUCUCCAUCGUCGUCCUCGGCUGCGUCGCUAACGAGGGCUACGUCAACCGUCCCGAGGAGGUCGAGGAGUUCUGCAUCUUCAACCGCAACCAGAUCGCCUGCAGCUACGCCGUCACCGUGGGAACACUCUGCUUCCUCUGCAGCACCGCCUUCCUGGCGCUCGACGUUUACUUCCCUCAGAUCAGCGGCGUUAAGGACAGGAAGAAGGCCGUCAUGGCCGACAUCGGCGUGUCAGCGCUCUGGUCUCUGGUCUGGUUCGUGGGUUUCUGUUUUCUGGCCAAUCAGUGGCAGGUUUCUAAAAAGGAGGACAACCCUCUGAACGAAGGCGCCGACGCUGCCAGAGCCACCAUCGUCUUCUCCUUCUUCUCCGUCUUCACCUGGGUACGUACCUGAGCUGUAUCACCUGACAGAGCAGGCCUCACCUGAGCAGACCCCAUCAGACCCCAUUAAACCCAUCAGACUCCAUUA